AUGGCAAUUUGCUUCAAAUCAAAGCUUCAUAAUGUUAAAGAUAUCCCUCAAGAUAGCAGAAGCCCAAUUGAGAAAUACGGCAAAGGUGUUACCAAGGCAGAGGACCUAACUGCUGUGAAUACUGAUGACUUUAGCUAUGCGGAUACUGACAAUGGCCUGGAGACCGAUGUAAGUUUUCGAAGCAAAUGCUUUAGAAAGUAUGGUGAUAAGUGGAAGCAGAAGAAUCGAUUUGCAACUAAGCCGAGAGAUACCCUUUCAGCUCUCGCUAUUGGACUGGUGGGCCUAAGUUCAGUUAUGUUUGGUGCCGCGCUACCUCCUUUUUACAACAGUCGAUUUGGCAGCUACGUUGUAGCUCUAGAGGAAGAGGCAGUGGAGGAGCCUUCGCUAAGAGAAGCUUUGAGAACGUUGAAUGCAUCUGGAAUGCAAAAAGAUAUUGAAAAUAUUAUCGAGGUUAUAAAUGACAAUCUGGCAUAUAUAAACACACCACAUAAUAUGAAUGAAAUUAUUCAAGAUACAGAGAAAUUACUUGAAGAGCCUGUAUCUGAUGUAACAAGACAUGUGCAUAAAGAUAGUCCUAUUGGAGUGUACAUACGUCGCUGUUUAGCUGCCUACAGAAUGUCAAGUUUACUAGAAACUACAGAUAUUUUUGCUGCCUUUCAAGCUUAUGUCAAUGGAACUUCAGACGACAAGAUUAUGCACCGUCUUGGCAGUAAUGAGCUGAAACCAAAAUUAGCCUCCUUUAAACAGGAUGAUAAUGUGCUGGAUCGUAUCGAUGGAUGGAUAACUGAUGACAUUACUGUAAAUUUUCUCGAUAAUCAAAUAAGACAAAUUAGAGAUAUUGGAAAAAGUGAUUGCUUGCCAGAAUUACUCGACAAAUACUUGAACUUCUUGCAAUUGUAUGCUCCUGAUAUAAAGAAGAUUGAUCAUGUUCGGGCCCUCAAUCUUGCACAAGUUAAAGAGUACGAAAGCGCAUCGAUUACAUUUCACAAGGCAGUCGAUACAAGCCUUUUAUCACAUGAAAAUGAGCAUGAUCAGUACUCGAUGCUUAAUCUUGGUAUAUUGGAAACUAGAUUUGGACAUUUUACAGAAGCUAUACAAUCUUUUAGUGCAGCACUUAUAAUUGCACAAAAAAAAGUGGAUCAGCACUGUCUUAAUGAAGUACAAAGCUGGUUACGGUAUGUAAGUAGCACAGAUACAUACACAGGAUCCAGUCCACCAGUGAAUAUAAAAAGUGAAGAUAUCGAAGAAAUAUCUCGAGUGAUAUACCAUCAAAGUUUUUAUGAUCUCAUUUGGAUUCGUGAUGCAUUACUACACGGAAGAGCUUCUAAUGAAUGCUUUGAACGGCUCUUUCAAACCAUAAUACGAGGGGGCAAGAGUAAUGUAAAAGGUUUGAGCACAUUUCAGAAUCUGGUUGCUUCACAGCUCUGGAGACACUAUGGAUAUGGUCUCUUGGCAGAUAAUUAUUUAAACGCGGCGUUAGACACAGAAGAAGAGAUGAUUGAUAAUGUAGAAAAGAAAUAUAUAUAUGCAGCCGAAAUUUUUAUUGCCAAAGGAGACUAUGAAAAGGCUCAAUCAAUGCUCAAUACUUUCCAGACUCAAUACCCUAGUCAAAGUACAAUGAUGAUUGAGUGGAAGCAAGUUCAAUACAGACUAGACAAGUAUAUAUCUCAACCUAUAGGUCCAAAUACCUACAGAUUUGUGCAGGAAGCUAUGAUGCCAGAUUAUCACCCUCAAAAUACUAGCAAAUACUAUGAUAUAAAGCAGAAUUAUGCCAUGGAGUUCUAUAGAUGUGGUGAUCUAGAAAAGUCUCGCGUCUUACUUGAACAGACACUUGUUGGUCUAAAGAAAGAGAAGCUUCCUUUACACAUUGCUAUAAAUCUGAUGGCAAGGGCACAAUUGAACAUGGAUAUCCAAUGCUAUUCUGAAGCUAUUCUUCUUUUAAAAGAAGUGUUGAGAAUAUGCAAAGAGUCUAAUGAUGCUCAGAACUAUUAUGCUGCAGCUAUUCAACUAGGCCACAUUCUGGUGCAGCAAACUCCAAAUGAUAAAAGAGAAGCUCUUUUUAUAAGCCAAAGAUUAUUGCCAAAAGUAAAAUCAUUGGAAUCUAUUGAGCUCACGACAAAGUGUCUUGCUCUUUACGAAAAGAGCCUUUAA